AUGGGCGCUCCAUCGGGAAGAUUACGCUGGGAUGAGGUCGACCUUCUCCAGGCUGCAGUGCCGCCAUUCCAUGCACCCAACAAAACAUCUAAAAGCGCGUCGUCCGUAGCAGCCGACAAUGUAAAAUGGAGGGUCCUGCAAGGACAACAGGCUACCGACCUGGUCUCGGCCCAGGACCAGGACACGCUUUUCCUGAAUACCGUGGACUUGCAACCGAAAGCACCAGGGGAUGUUCUCUUAUCGCACUUUUAUGAGCAUUCGAUCUCUAUCCGAGACACACAUUACCUAUCAGAUUCCAGCUAUGACGAGACGACAAUGUCACUGGAUGACAGCAACGCAAUCGAGAGCGUGGCCUCGGGCGACAGCCAUUCAAAUGACACCCAUUUCGACUUUUCGGGAGAGAUAUACGACCUUGGGGACAUCCCCAAUGCUGCAUACCUCCGAUCGAUUAUUCCGCAGACCAUGAGUGUCACCUUGGUAGUGGCUGUCCUCGGCAUUAAUCCGCCGAGACGAGUCACUGCGCGGUACUCAGGCCAGCAGUUUGAUAUCCUUGAACUCGUGGUAGGAGACGAGACCAAAACCGGCUUUGGAGUGACAUUCUGGCUCCCCGUAGUAGAACGUGCACGACAAAAAAAGAUAGACGCAGAAAGGGACGACGGCUACAAAAAGAAGCUGUCCGGACUGCGGCCUCGAGAUAUCGUCCUCAUUCGCCACGUGGGGCUCAGCUUCUUCCAGGAUCGAGUCUACGGGCAGAGCUUGAGGAAAACCAUGACCAAGGUAGAUCUUUUACAUCGGCGGCCGCUUGAUGCGAAUGAUCCAGGCGGCAUCUACUCCGCCCGUACGAUCAAUGCAGCCAAGAGGGAGAACAAGUUACUUUAUAAAGUACAGGUCGUGCAUGAUUGGACGAUGAACUUUGUUGGGAUGAAGAUACAAGACCGCGGUGGCAGUGCUGGUCGGCCCUUGCCACCCGAUACUCAGUAG